CAGAGGGUUAAACACGCCUCUGACUGGAGACAGGGGAUGUGACGCUGCUGCUGCUCGUACAUAACAGCAACACACACCGUCUGCACACACACAACACACACGGACACACACUCUCUCCUCUCUCCACUUUUACAUGCAGACCUGCACUGUCGCGCCUCGGGACCACGCGGUGUUUUCAUCCAGUCUGUCCUUCCAGCAUGGCGGAUUACCUGAUCAGCGGCGGCACGGGCUACGUACCUGAAGAUGGACUCUCGGCUCAGCAGCUCUUCUCGAUCGGAGACGGCCUCACAUACAACAGAUCUGACCAACAGUGUGUUGUCUCCGACGGUCAAACGGCUGAAGAGCUAUGCUCUAAAGGAGAUGGGUUGACUUACAAUGACUUCCUGAUUUUACCCGGCUUCAUCGACUUCACAUCAGAUGAAGUGGACCUGACAUCCGCACUGACCAGGAAGAUCACCCUGAAGACCCCUCUCAUCUCCUCCCCCAUGGACACCGUCACAGAGUCGGCCAUGGCCAUCGCUAUGGCGCUAAUGGGAGGCAUCGGCAUCAUUCACCACAACUGCACGCCAGAAUUUCAAGCCAACGAGGUCCGCAAGGUCAAGAGGUUUGAGCAGGGUUUCAUCACAGACCCAGUUGUGAUGAGUCCGCGCCACACGAUUGGGGAUGUGUUUGAGGCCAAAGUAAGACACGGCUUCUCUGGUAUUCCUGUCACAGAGACAGGCAAAAUGGGCAGCAAACUGGUCGGCAUCGUCACCUCCAGAGAUAUCGACUUUCUUUCUGAGAAAGACCACAACAGACCCCUGGAGGAGGCCAUGACUAAGAGGGAGGAGUUGGUUGUGGCUCCAGCUGGUGUAAUGCUGAAAGAAGCUAAUGAUAUUCUGCAGCGCAGUAAAAAAGGCAAACUUCCUAUUGUGAACGAUAACGACGAGCUGGUGGCCAUUAUUGCCAGGACGGAUCUGAAGAAGAACAGGGAUUACCCGCUGGCCUCCAAAGACUCACGCAAACAGCUGCUAUGUGGCGCCGCCAUCGGCACCAGAGAGGACGACAAAUACAGACUGGACCUGUUGGUGCAGGCUGGAGUGGAUGUUGUUGUACUGGACUCGUCACAAGGCAACUCGGUGUAUCAAAUCAACAUGAUAAAUUAUAUUAAACAGAAGCAUCCAGAGUUGCAGGUGGCGGGAGGAAACGUGGUUACAGCAGCCCAGGCCAAGAACCUGAUCGAUGCUGGUGUGGAUGCGUUAAGAGUCGGAAUGGGCUGUGGCUCCAUCUGCAUCACACAGGAAGUCAUGGCGUGUGGGCGGCCCCAGGGGACCUCGGUGUACAAGGUAGCGGAGUACGCCAGACGUUUCGGUGUGCCAGUCAUUGCUGAUGGUGGCAUACAGACCGUGGGUCAUGUGGUGAAGGCGCUUUCACUGGGAGCGUCGACUGUUAUGAUGGGCUCAUUGCUAGCGGCAACCACUGAAGCUCCAGGAGAGUACUUCUUCUCAGACGGCGUGCGGCUGAAAAAGUAUCGCGGCAUGGGCUCCCUGGACGCUAUGGAGAAGAGCACCAGCAGCCAGAAACGCUACUUUAGCGAGGGCGACAAGGUGAAGGUAGCCCAGGGCGUGUCGGGCUCGGUGCAGGACAAGGGGUCCAUCCACAAGUUUGUACCGUACCUGAUAGCUGGGAUCCAACAUGGCUGCCAGGACAUCGGGGCAAAGAGUCUCUCUGUCCUCCGUUCCAUGAUGUACUCCGGUGAGCUGAAGUUUGAGAAGCGAACCAUGUCUGCACAGGUGGAGGGAGGCGUUCACGGUCUCCACUCUUACGAGAAGCGGCUUUACUGAACAGGGGUGAGGUGGCUGGAGUAAACAUCGGCGGUGCACGUGAGCACGCUCGAUAUAACAAUGCCCCACACAAAAAUCCGUUACCACCCCCUGCACCCUCUCUGGCCCUCCUCCUCCUCCUUCUCCUUGUUGUAUCCACUGCUGCUCUCUCUCUGAUCCCGACCGCCUGCUUGGUCCGGGAAAGAAAGACGCACGGUAGCGAAGUGAGAAUCACCAAACUGACACCGACUCUCUGAACACCUGGGAUUUUGCACUCAAGAAGCGGCGCAUCAGGGUUUUCAGAAUGACAUACACACCUGUAUCUUGAGUUUGCAGCCUGAUCCCAAUUGUGUAUGUGUGUGUGUGAGAUACUGACUGUCUGAAUGAAGUGAGGAGCGUGAGAGAUAUAGUUUAAAUGUGUCCUCUUUUGUCCCCUUAUUAUUAUUAUUGAGUCUAAAACAGCCAUGGUGCAAUCUCCAUCUGCAUUUUAUUUUUUCGGCUUCCACGCUGACCAGCAAAGCUCUCUGUCGGAAGAUUCACGCAUCCUAGUUCUUAAACACACUCGUGCGUGUGCAGAAAACAAGAUGAAACACUUGUGUGUAUGUGUAUCAUGGCAAACUUCCCUUUCUUUUCUCCUUUUUUUGUGUUUAUACGUCAUCAAGGAUUUAAGCUACUCAAUCAACGGUAGCUGCUUAUAUUUCAGUGCAUAAUGUUUACUUUGUGUAUGGUGGAUCAUUAGGUACGAGACAUUUGGCUGAGGCAGUCACGCUGGCUACAUCAUUUCCUCCACCGUCAACCUGAAAUCAGUCGAUCUAUCUCGACCCACAGUCUUUACCGCUGUGGACAUUUCAUUCUCCCCUCAAAGACAUGUUGAGCCAAAUAAUCAGCGUCCUAUCUCAGUGAGUUGUGUUCAUAUGUUGAGCACGGAAGGGACCAAAAAGCUGAAGAUCAGGUGUGUUUGAAAGUAAACAACCUAAAGUGUAUCAAUCAAAAAUAGUAAAUAAUGAAGACUAUGAUCAUUUCUCUGCUCUUUAUUUGAAAACUUUUAGAUCAGACUUUCUAUUAAACCUGUUUAGUUUCUGGGGGCCUUGAACUGAGCAUGAAGGGUUUUUGAUAUGCAUGUUCGUUUUUUCACGAAAGCCAGACAUGGCUGUAUUUAUAUUCUGCCUAAUUGUAAUUGCAUACAUACUGCCAAGUGUUCUGACACUUUCUCUGACACUCUUCUUUUGUAACUUCAAAACCAAAAUCCGCACAAGAAGUCGCUUGUUUCCUCGUCACUUGCUCAUUCCUGCGCUCUCUCACAGUAGGUUCUGUGUGACAGGCUUUUUUUUUUUUACCAGAGAUAUGCCUUGAAACAGGGAUUGAUACAGGCUGCAGAUGACAGCUCCGUGAAAAUGCAUAAUGCUACACACCCUCGCCUCCUUUUCUUACUUUGUAACAGUAUCGCUGUGUGUUGUUACCAUUCAGCUGAUGUAGGAGUAGGCUUUUCUAACAUUUUCAUACUGGAUGUUCUUUUUUGCCAGCUGUAUUUUUCUUUUUUUAUAAAAUCUCCCAGAGUGUAAGAGUCUAGUUGCUUUCCCUAAUGUACGUAAUCCUGCACAGGGUUCACUCGACUAACUCGUCUUGCUGUUGGAAUGAAUUGCGAGAAAAUGUACAUGGCAAUAUAUGAAAAAAUAUAUAUAUACAUCUAUAUUCAGUUAAAUGACUGCAGCUUGUUCUCAGUCUCCCACCUAAAGACAUAAUUCAGGUUCUUUUAAAAUGUCUUAUUGUCAAGAGUCCUGUUCGUCCAUCCAAAAAGCACAGAUUUAGUACGAUGUUAGUGUUGCGCUUUCUAUGAUUUAAACUUCAAUAUACUGUUGCUGUUGUUGUUGUUAAAGUUGUCAUAGUGGACGCCUCUGCAACCAACAGCCAAAACAAAGAGCUUCUUGGAUGGACAGAAAAGACUCGGUCGUCAACAGAUCAACUUUUUUUUGAGGAGUAUCACUUCAGAACAUGUUUACAGUAAUAACACUCAACAAGAGAAAAGUUGCUUUUUGCUGUUCAAUAUGUUUAAGAAUAAAUAAAUAAAACUGUG